UGUGAAAUCGCGCUGAUGGUCUGUCACAUUAUUUCUCACUGACACCGUCUGAGCGCAGGAGCACCACGCCAAAAGAUCAGCUCAAAAACACUUCAUAACACACAGCUCCACUCAGCUCCGGUGUUUUAAAUCUGUGUUUUCUGGCGUGGAACCGGAGAGGAGGAAGCGAGAGAGGGAGAAUCGUAUAAGCCGAAAGGAAAUGCCAAUCGCUACUACUGGUCAUUCAGCGUCUCGAGAGCCCCGUGUCUGUUCCCCGGACCCCGUUCCCAAGCGUGCUGAUUUAUGCGAGGACGCAGGGGCCCAGCCAGCGGAAUACGGGGGUUUGGAGGGGGGCCACAGCCUGGGCAGCACUAGACUCUCUGGAGCACUUGAAAGCUCCUCUGCGGCGUCUUUUUCCCCUCCCACUUCCCCUUUCCUCCUCCACCACCACCACCAUCAUCAUCAUCAUCACCCCCAUCCGGUAACUAUGGAACCCCCAAGGACUCGAUCUCGAUCGCGGUCUGGAUUUUACCAUGGUGGAUUAUCUAACCCGAACGGUAAUUCCGGGAGUGGCGGUGGUGCGUUAAGUCCAGCUGGAGGAAUAAACCACCAUCACCUCCAUCACCACCACCAACAGCAACAGCAAUUUGGAGCUCAUGGUCACACGGAAAACCUGCGCCCACCCGGGAGCAUGCUUUCCCCAGGUGCCCACAGACACGCAGGGCCUGGAGUGCACAGGAACUCUGGAGCAGGUGCCAUGGGAGGAGUUUACCACUAUCAUUCAGAGCAUGCGUGCGCAGAUGCCACUGACAAGACGGAGGAUUCUCCGAGUCCGAAGAGACAGCGUCUUUCCCAGCAGUCAGUUCUGGAGUUUACCUCUGCGCCUCCAUCCACACCCUCUCCACCCAUCAGACCAUGGGAGCUUCCGCCCAGUCGCAGGCCACACCCCUAUCCACAUCCACACUACCAUCCCGAACGCUGCCACACACCUGCACGACACAGACGCAGUCCUCCAGUGCGGCGUCAGCGUGGCCGUCGAGACCGUCUGUCAAGGCACCAUCCCCCUCACGGUUCACCAGGUGGGGGGCAGGAUGAAAACUACCGCCACCCUCCUCACCCGCAUUCUCUUCAUCCCUACGGCCAGCCUCCAUCCCACCCUCCACCCGGUCUUGAUGAGCCCCGGGCCUUCCACCCCCCCACGCUCUCCCCACGACUACUCCACCCGCCGCAGCAGGGCGCCAUGGUCAUGGACCUCCACGAGCAGCUUCCUCAGGGUACGGUGCCAGUCUCGUAUACAGUUUCUCCAGUACCGCCCCAUGGUCUGCCUGCUCCUCUCUGUACGGGACAGCAUCUCCCAGCAUGCUCUUCCCAACAGCAGGUGCCUGCCUGUUCUGUGGUGUUCAGCGGACAGCAACACUAUCCAAUCUGCAGCGUACCGCCUCCGAUGUUGCCGGCCUGCUCGGUGCAGCAUUUGCCAGUGCCGUACGCAUUCCCCUCUCUUCUAUCCAGUGAUCCACCCUUCCUGCUUCAUCCUCCACAUCUGUCGCCACACCUUCCUACUCCGGGACAGUUCUUACCCUUCCAAGCGCAACAGUCCCGAUCUCCAUUGCAGAGGAUAGAAAAUGAAGUGGAGUUGUUGGGGGAUCACCUGUCGGUAGGCGGAGGGUUUAACUAUCCUCAUUCAGGCCAUCCUAGUCCUCUGCCCCCUUCCACCCCAUUGCAGUUCCUCUCCCAUGAACCCCUGCACCAGGAGCUGUUUGGAAUGCCGUAUCCUCACUUCAUGCCACGGCGAAUCACAGGCAGACGCUACCGCUCUCAGCAGGCCGUACCGCCACCUCCUUACCACCCUAGUCUGCUGCCCUACUUCCUGUUGGUCAGAUCUGUUCUUCCAGUCCAGCCAACAGCAGUGGGUCCCGCCAUUAGCCUAGAGCUGGAUGUAGAUGAUGGAGAGGUUGAGAAUUAUGAGGCUCUGUUAAACCUGGCCGAGCGUCUUGGAGAAGCCAAGCCUAGAGGUUUGACAAAAGCCGAUAUCGAACAGCUGCCUUCCUACAGAUUCAACCCCAGCAACCAUCAGUCUGAGCAGACUUUGUGUGUAGUGUGCAUGUGUGAUUUCGAGUCUCGUCAGCUGUUGAGAGUACUGCCCUGUAAUCACGAAUUCCAUGCCAAGUGUGUCGAUAAAUGGCUUAAGGCUAACAGAACCUGUCCUAUUUGCCGAGCGGAUGCAUCUGAAGUCCAGCGGGAUUCUGAGUGAUGCUGCUCCCCAAACACACACACAUAAACACACACACACACUCACACACUAAACACUUCUGUCAUUCUCCUGUUAUAUUCAGUUAACUUCCACAUGCAUAAUUACUCCUCGCACACAGAUGACUGCUGCAAAUGAUUCGCCAAAACUUUGUUCAUUAAAAAAAAAUGUUUGAUAUUCAUUGGCGAGUAUCAGACUCACUGAAAGAUAAACACACACACACACGCACACACAGACGUCCCUUCGGUUGUUCGGUUGAGUGGAAGUCCAAAGAUUAUGGUUCAUAUUAUCAUUCUGGUUAUGUUCUGGUUCUGAUAUUGUUUUUCUUUGGUUUCUUUUUUUUUAAAUGUAUAAAUAUAUAUAGUUUAGUUCUCCCCUUUUGGGGGUGGGUGUUGGUAUGUUGCAGUCUUGUGUGAAUGAGUGAGCGUGUAUGUGCACUAACAUUCCCGGCUAUGUGAGCACACUGUGGUGUGGUGGUCUCUUUUCGAAGGUUAAUGUUGUGAGCAUGGGCUUUUAUAUUUUACCAACAAAUAUAGCUAUAUAUAAAUAUGUAUGUAUGUAUCAAUAUAGAGGGACAAAUUACAACUUUAAAAAAGAAAAAAUAGGAAAAAAAUGCAAUUAUGGAAGACUGUCUUUUUCCAAAAAUGGAGGAAAAGUUUGCGACUCAAAUUCUAUCUAUACAGAAAAACGGGCUUUUUGGGUGGUUCCUGCUCAAUUAUGAUUUAGCAUAGAAUUGGAAAACUGUGAGGUGUGUGUGUGUGUGUGAUUUGUGUGUGUGAGAGAGAGUGUGUGUGUGUGUGUGUGUAUUAUUAGAGAAUCAGUUGUUUGUUAUUUAUCCCAUAUGUGUGGUACAGAACACUGGCUUUUCACUCUCACUUUUAUUCUCGUCUGGGAUUGGCUGACGAUGCGCACUGACAUGACAUGUGAUUGGUUUAGAGGGCAGUGGAAUAUUUUUGAGUUACUUAAUAGAUUUAUACUGCUGCAGCCUUCAUUUUUUUCCCAGUUUUGUUUGAAAUCUUUCACGUUUUUGCUAUCUUCAUAUAAAAAAAAAAACUGCUACUCCAUUUAUUAGCCAGACCUGCAGAUUGAUCAUGUAGAAAUCACCACUUUUAGCACUUAAAACUCCAUAGUGUCCAUUUUUAUGAGUUGGUGGCUGUUAUAUUCGCUGUUAGGGUUUAGUUUGGUCCUGACAUGUAAAUUCUGUCAUCAUUAAAUUAUUCUUGUGUUGUUUCAGACCUGUAAGACCUUCUGUCAUGUUUGAAACACAUUAGAAGAUAAAUUUAAUGCUAUAUGAAAGCUUUCAUUUCUGACAUGUUUGCUUUAAAUCAUUCGUGAAGCAAUCGAAACAAUAAUCCAUACUUGUAAAUGUAAGGCUUUAUUAUAUAUUUUUGAAAUUUAUGAACAUUAUACAAUAAAUAAAUAUUUUUGUGCGUUAUUUGCAUAUCGCGUGACACACAUUAAUUUCAGCAGUUCCUAAUUUGACCCAAUUUUAAAGCUGCAAAAUUGUCUCCUGAUUAACGUUUAUAUGCAAAUAAAAGUCUAAUUGUCCAGAAAUGUAAAUUGCUCAUCAUUUACUCUCCCUUAUGUUGUUUCACAACCGUAAGACCUUCAUUUUUGCAACUCAUUAGAAGAUAUUUUUAAUGAUGUAUGAAAGCUUUCAGUUCUGACAAUUUAAAGUUUGCUUAAAAUCAUUCGUGAAACGUUCAAAAAAGUAAUACAUACCCGUUAAAUAUAAGGUUUUAUUAUAUUUUUUUGGAAAGAUAUGAACAUUAUAUAAUAAUUGACUAUUUUAGCUGUUAUCUGCAUAUUGCAUGACACACAAAUAAUUAAUUUUGAAUAGCUUCAAAUUUGACAAAAUUUUAAUGCUGCAAAAUUGUCUCCUGAUCAACGUUUAUUUGCGAAUAAAAGUCUACAUUUUUCUGAAAUAUAAAUUCCUCAUCAUUAACUCUCUCUUAUGUUGUUUCAGACCUGAAAGACCUUCAUCUUUGAAACACAUUAGAAGACAUUUUAAAUGAAACAUGAAAGCUUUCAGUUCUGACAUUUCAAAGUUUAAUUUAAACCAUUCGUGAAGCGAUCAAAACAAUAAUCCAUACCUGCAAAUAUAAGGUUUUAUUCAAAUUUUUAAAUACUUUUUUAAAUAUGAACAUUAAACUAUAAAUUAAUAUUUUUUUGCUGUUAUUUGCGUAUCGCAUGACAGGCACAAAUUAAUUUCAGUGGCUCCAAGUUAAACCAAGUUUAAUGCUGCAAAAUUGUCUCCUGAUCAACAUUUAUAUGCGAAUAAAAGUCAACAUUUUUCUGAAAUGUAAAUUCCUCAUCAUUUACUCUCCCUUAUGUUGUUUCACACUUGUAAGACCUUCUUCUUUUAAACUCAUAAGAGGAUAUUUUUAAUGAAAUAUGAAAGCUUUCAGUUCUGACAUUUCAAAGUUUAAUAUAAACCAUUCGUGAAACGGUCAAAACAAUAAUCCAUACCUGGAAAUAUAACGUUUUAUUCGAUUUAAAAAUUAUACAAUGAAGGGAUUUUUUUGAAGGGGGUUAUUUGCAUAUCGCAUGACACACACACACACACACACAUUAAUUUUAGUGCUUCCAAAUUUGACCAAAUUUUAUUGCUGCAGAAUUGUCUACUGAUCAACAGUUAUAUGCAAAUAAAAGUCUAAUUUAUUUCUGCUGAUUGUAUAAAGUGAUCAUGUUUUCUUCAAAGACUUAAAUUAAACGGCUCCAUUUAUAUUGAUAUUAACUUAUCUCCUAAUGCGUCUGGGUUUUUGAGUGAACUGUCAAUAUAUGAGCAGAAAUCUGCUUGGAUUAAAAUGUCUUCGUGUUCCAAAUAAACAUUAGAACAACGUAAGUGUCUGCAAAUGAUGACAGGAUUUCAUUUUGAGAUGAACUUAACCCUAUGUGUCCAAAAAUAGCAAUUCAUCAUUUUUAAGCCCAAGAUCAGAUAUCAGUUUUUGCCUAAGAAGUGAUCCAUUCACCAGCUAACCUAGUAGAUAAACACAGCUAUCUCUGAUUUAAAAAAAAAAAUCAUUAUUUGAUUUUGCAUGCUUUAAAAUGUAGUAAUCAGAGCAAAAAUAUGCGUACAUGCCCAUUCAAAGAGGAGUUGUUAUCAUAUUGUUUGCAAUGUUUGCAGACUAAAAAAGGCUAAUACAGAUUGCAAUGUUGUUAGUAUCAUUCCCUAAAGGCUCCUGGUUUUAGUAAACGGUUUCUUGUCGUUUAGUCACUGCCCUCACUAUACAGUUAGCUUCUUUUUUUUAUUGCUGUACUCAAACUGCCUUCCAGUGCACCCACUCAUACAGCCUCAAUAAGGCUGUUAUAGCCAUUCAUAGCCAUGUGCGUUACUUUAUAAUGAAUGCCUGAGAUGCGUUACGACCCAAAAGGGGGUGUUUGUUUGUUUGUUUGUUGGUUUGUUUUUAUGUAUGCUGUAUGAUGGUUUUACGUCCUGCAUUGUUGUCAUUAUGAAUGGAUAUAACUGCCUCUGCGUGGCAUGACGUGGGCUCUAUGACUGGUGUAGAAAGUGUCAUAUACUUGUGUGAUUUUAGUCUCAGAGCCUGCAGUGUCUUAAUGAGAGAUGCCUUUAAACCAUUCUCCAGUGUUGUCCGCUUUAGUGUCAUAAUCGAAUUCAUGACGACCACGAACUUAUGAAUUCUUUAUUCUUUGCAAAAACAGACGUGCAUUACUCUUACUUAACCAUCGUCAUUCUGUGUUAUAGGAGGUUUUUUGUUUUGUUUUUCCCUGCUUGGUACAAUAGCAGUUACCUCAGUUUUACUAUUUAUGUUUUUUUUUUUUCUUCUCUCUCCCCGUAUUCUUUUGUUUUGCAGAAACCAAUAAGAGAGCUUAUGAAUUCUCUUGCGUUUGUUUAUUGGUUGUUUUAAUUCUUACCAUUAAAAUACAAUUGUAUCAUUUAACAUGUUGUAGUUUCAUAUGUAUAAUAUCUGUAACCAAAAUCAUUUGAAGGCUUGAUAUAAAAAUUUUUAACAAACAUUUGUACUUUUUAUUAUUAUUAUGAGAGAUAUUACUAGUAAUGCUUUAUUAAGUAGUGCAUAUGUUUUUGUUUUUUUCUUGUCUCUGACCCCUAUUCCCAGUCUUAUGGAUUUUAAAGGGUGGCUCGGUAAUAAAUGUAUUCUCUUCUUUGA